GAACGUCAAAAAUCAAAAAGGAAUGCAUAGCCAAGUAAACAUCCCCUAAAUUUUCCGGUUGACUCCUUCCAUCUACUUUGCUGCUGACCACUUCGUUUUAUCCACUGAAUCCUUGAGUUUUUUGUUCUUUUUAACUAUGUUGCUCGGUUUUAUCCACUGAAUCCUUCUCUUUUGUACAGGAACUUCACAACUAGGGCUACUGCCAUUUGGUACCAGAUGUCUUGCUUCCUCAUGCGGUCUUUUACCUCUUUUUCAAAUCCAUGGGGAAACUGAAGCAGCCUUUCGCGCUGGUUAGAUAUCUUCUUCCAUCAGAGUAACCCGUGAUUGACGGCCGGAUUUGAGAGAAAUUUUGGUUUCUGUUCUAAAGGAGCUGAGAUUAUGGAAAUAGUAUUGUCUAAGAAAUUUCUAUGGACUUGCACAGUUCAUCGAUCCCUUGUGAUCGCUGCGGGGAUCAUGGCUUUGUUUCUUAUGACGGCGUCAUGGUUUCUUGUUUCUUCCACUAGGUUAAUUUAUCCUUUCAGUGCCAAAGUUGCAGAAGAUAUUCAGACUUUGGAGAAUGCUACUAAGAGUGAUUCGAGAGAUCACGGCGAUGGCCGGUUAGUUUUGGAUGGUGGAGGUAUCUCUUUGGCCCAAUCUAACAAGACGAAGAAGGCUGAGUUUGGUUUUGAUAAAUUUCCAUUGGUUGCCAAGCCUGCUGAGGAUUCUAAACCUUUCAACAAUUCUACCAAGACUGUUACAGGAAGAUUAGAUAGCAACACCUCUACAUGGGCACCUGCAAGACAUAUCUCCCAUUCCAGCAAUUCAGUGAAGGCGAAGUUCGGCGAUUGUGAUCUCUACCAUGGAAAAUGGAUAUACGACCCAGCCGGUCCUCUGUACACAAACUCCACAUGUCCUAUUUUGACACAAUCACAAAAUUGUCAGGGCAAUGGGAGACCGGACAAGGACUACGAGAACUGGAGAUGGAAGCCUGAUCAGUGCGAAAUCCCUCGAUUUGAUGCCACGAAAUUCUUGGGCUUGAUGAAAGGAAAGGUGCUGGCUUUCAUUGGGGAUUCAGUCGCUCGAAAUCAGAUGGAAUCAUUGCUUUGCAUUUUAUGGCAGUUAGAAACUCCGAGGAUGCGUGGCAAUCGACGAAUGCAUCGAUGGGUCUUCAAGACCACCUCGACCACCAUCGUGCGCAUCUGGUCCUCAUGGCUCGUCGGCAAGUCGAUGGACGCACUGCAAUCUGCUCCUCGAGGAAUACCCAAGGUCUGUCUUGACGAACCCGAUGAAGCUUUCUUCGAACUCCUCCCCAUGUUUGAUGUGGUGGUCCUCUCUUCUGGCCACUGGUUCUCCAAGCGGUCCAUCUACAUCCUCAACGGCGAGAUUGUAGGCAGCCAGCUCUGGCGUUCCGAGAGUGCUCUAAGGAAUCACAUCAACAGUAUGACUGCUUACAAUAUAGCAAUGGAGACUAUUCUUACUGCAAUGGCAACUCAUCCUAACUACACAGGCUUAACAAUUCUCCGAACUUAUUCCCCGGAUCAUUACAAAGGGGGUUCCUGUAGUAACAAUGUAAAGCCUGCUAGAAAAGUAGAUAGGAAUGGACAUACUUUGAUGAUGCAUGAUAAACAGGUAGAAGGUUUUAGAGAAGCUGCGAAGAAGGUGAGGAAUAAGUCCAAGUUGAGGUUGAUGGAUAUCACGGAGGCUUUUGGAUACCGGCACGAUGGGCAUCCAGGGCGAUACAGGAGUCCUGAUGCCAAGAAUUCGAGGGGAAGAUAUCUCAGUGAGAAGACACAGAGUGAGGAUUGUUUGCAUUGGUGCAUGCCUGGACCAGCGGAUAUCUGGAAUGAGAUUUUGUUUGAGAUCCUGAAGAGGGAAUUAUGAGGAGAGCAAGUGGAAGUUUGAAGAUCGAGUGAAUGACCAAAAAGGUUCUUAAAUUCUUAUGU